AUGGAAGAAACUUGUACACACAUAUCGUGGCCUACCAGGCUGAAAAUAGGAGCAAAAUCUAAAAAAGAUCCACAUAUUCGUGUUGCUGGUCGACCUUCAGAUGUGAAAAAUGCCAAAGACAUGGUGAUGUCUGUUUUUGACACACGAAGCAACAGGGUGACAAUGAAACUGGAUGUCAGCUACACUGAUCAUUCACAUAUAAUAGGAAAGGGAGGUCUGACAAUAAAGAAAGUAAUGGAGGAAACAGGUUGUCACAUUCAUUUUCCUGAUUCGAAUCGCAGUAAUCCAACUGAAAAAAAUAACCAAGUUUCAAUAUCUGGUGAAAUGCAAGCUGUGGAGAAAGCUAGGGCAAGAGUAAGGAUGCUGACACCACUUAUCUUUAGUUUUGAAUUACCUGUAGUGGAGCUUGCACACUGGGACCCAGCCUCAGCUUAUGUACAACAGCUGCAGCAUAAGUACAAUGUACAGGUGACUUUCCGUACAAGAGCUCGUCUUAAUGCGACCUUGGUUAUGGUGAAAGGCUGCGAAUGGGAAGUGGCUCAAGUAAAGGAAGCGACACUUCUUUUGGUGUCGCAUCUCUUUAGAGGAGCAGUGGAGCAAGUAGUAAUGCAGAUGACAAUUGAAAUAUCACCUCAGCAUCACCCAAUUGUUUUGGGAAAGAACAGAGAAAACUUAAAGCUUAUAAUGCAACGAACUGGAACACAAAUACUUUUCCCUGAUGCUGGUGAUCCUGGCAUUCCUAGUCUGAAGAAAAGCAGUGUAAACAUAACUGGAACAAUACAUAAUGUUUACAAAGCCAGGCAGCAGCUAAUGGGAUCACUUCCUUUGUUGCUGAUGUUUGACUUGCCUGAAGAUGUUAUUGUGGAUCUAGAAAAAAUAAAUAGUGUGAUGGAGACCUUGGAUGUUCAUAUCAAUGUUAGACACAAGCCUAAGCAGAACACCCUUUCUUUAAGUAUAAAGGGAAUUGAGCGUCAUGCAAGCAAGAUAUAUGAAGCAAGAAAAUUGCUACUGAGCCUCAAGGAGCCCUCAGUUCAUGCUGAUAUACCAGACUCUUACUUCAUCCCUGACGAUCAUCCAGUAUUUGAAGUCAACAGUAGUGGAAAAACAGAUAGUGAAAAGUAUGACACACCACUGCUGAUGAACAAUAAUUACCAGUGUUCACCAUGUUCUUCAGGAUACAAUUCACCAUCACUUCCACUGCUCUCGCCAGACCUAGCUAGUCAGGCUACUCCAUGGGGAUUGUCAACAGUUUUGCCUUCUCUACCGAGCCCAUAUCUUCCUCCUCAUCUGUUGAUGCAGCAUCCUUCAAUUCUCAGCAGCAUGUCUUGCAGCAGUGGAUAUGCCACAAAUUCUCCACUAAGUCAUUCAACUAGUCCAGUAAGAAGUCCUGCAGAGAGCCCAAGAACAAAAAGUUGUUCUCCAGUGCAGGAUGACACUCUCACAAAUAUUUCUGGGCUUGGAAAUGCAUUGUUGGAUCUAAUGGACUGUGCUGAUCUCAGGGCAUCUAGCUGUGAGAAGAAAAAUGUGGAGAUUGUAACACAGCAAACAAGUCUCUUUGACUAUGACGAGAAAAGAAAUAUGGCCUUAGAAGCGAUUCAGAAACCUCUUGGAACUAAUUUAAGAACUCCAACAUCACUGUGGUCUGGAUAUGGCUUCAGCCAGUCCAGUCCAACACCAGAAAUGAAACCAAAACACAAUGGACUUCUCCAGGUAAGCAUUAUACAUCAAAAGAUGUUAAAAUACACCAUUACAUUAAGCAUGACUAAUAAUUAGAUUCCAAACUAGGAUUCUGGUGAUCUGGACCCAUGGAAAACAAACAACUCUAUGGUAUCUCCAACAUUAAAUUCGGCUUCAGACUUCAGCAGUACAUUAUUAACUGGUGAAAAUGGACUGAUGAGUGCAAGCAACUACCUAGAUUCUGCACCCACAUCUGCUGUGAAUCAAAUUGCAGGAUUGAAGACAAAGGAUAUUGCUUCACUUCUAACAUCCAUUGGACUAGAAAAAUACAUUUGUAUUUUCACUAACCAAGAAAUAGACGUUGACAUCUUUCGUUCUCUCACUGAAAGUGAUCUCCGAGAAAUUGGUGUAACUGCCUUAGGAGCUCGUCGGAAGUUGUUACUUGCAAUUUCAGAGCUCAACAAACGCCAGAGCCCAUUCUCUGGGAGUGCGGCCCCAGGAGCUGAACGUAAACUUGGUUCAACAAUAAAUAACAGUCCAAUAGGAGAUAAAUGGUAA